AUGGGUAUCAAUGUAUUGUUUGUCUGUUUGGGUAAUAUCUGUCGUAGUCCAAUGGCAGAAGCUGUCUUUAGGGAUGUAGUUAAAAAGCAAGGGUUAAGUGACAAGUUUGACCUCAUCGACAGUUGUGGAACAAGUAACUUUCAUAUUGGAGAAACACCAGACUCUAGGUCUGUAGAUAUCUGUAAGAGAAAUAAUGUACCUGUUAACCAUAGAGCUAGACAAUUAACUGAAGCUGAUUUCAACAAGUUUGAUUACAUUAUCGGUAUGGACAAUAGUAACGUACAAGACAUCAAGCAUGUUGGUAAGAGGGUCAAUAAAGAUUCUAAGUAUAGGGCUCAAGUAAAUAAGUUUGGUGAUUGGAAUACUAAAGAUAGUGGGUUUGGUGAUAUUGUCGACGACCCAUAUUAUGGUGGUAAAGAUGGUUUUGCCACCAAUUUCAAACAAGUCACAUACUUCACAAACCAGUUUCUUUUGAAGGAAUUGUAA